UAUAGAACACUUCCUUCUUCUCCAUAUCUCUCUCCAACUCGAGACGGCGCCGUUCUCUGCCACAAAAUGCUAGCUUUCCAACUCGAUUUUGGACAAAAGGACAACCUUUUGCAUUGUCUGUGGUUGGAGUUGGAGAUGGUCUUAGAAUAAAUUACAUAGUCAUUUGAUAACCCAGAAGCCACCAAGCCAUGGUUUUUUUGAGAGACCAGAAGAGAAAACUGAAAGUGAAGAAGAAUAAGAACAACAACAACAACAUCAACAACAGCAGAAGUAGUUUUAUGUAAUAUGAUGUUCUUGUUGGUACACAAAACUGCUUUUGCUUCUGCUUCUGUGUUUCAAAGCGGUAUUACUCGCAAACCCAUUAACCUUUUUUCUUUGUUCAAGAAUUAUGCUUUAGCUUUUGCUUCAAUGUCUUCCUUUCACUCCCAGACUUGUUCUUCUUCUACUACUGGUACUUAUACUGAUACUAUUUGGAAAAGUAGGAUAGAGAAAAAAAAGAGAAGGUAUGCUCAAACCCAGUUCUUGAAUUUUGUGAGGGAACAAUGUAAGUAUAAUUGGCUGACUAAUUUUGAUGAUGCCGUUAGCAUAUUCAAUCAGUUGCUUCAAAUGGGUUCCCGGCCGUCUAUUGUGGAUUUCAAUCAGAUUUUAGGCAAAAUUGCACAAAUGAAACGUUAUUCGACUGUUACUUGUUUAUUUAGGCAAAUGGGUAUGUUUGGAAUUGUGCCUGAUGUUUGUACUUUGAAUAUUUUGACCAAUUGUUAUUGCAAUUUGAAUAGGCCAGAUUUCGGGUUUUCGUUGUUGGGUAAAAUGUUGAAACUUGGGUACGAGCCGGGUUGUAGGAGUUUCACGGUUUUGAUUAAUGGGUUUUGUAUUGAUGGUAAAAUAGUGAGAGCAGUGGAGUUGUUUAAUGCAAUGGUGGAGAGAGGGUAUUGGCCUGAUGUGGUUACUUAUGGCUCAAUGAUAAAUGGGUUGUGCAAAGUGGGGGAUACAAGUGCGGCUAUUGGUAUGCUUAGGAAGAUGGAAGAAGGAGGCUUUAAGCCUGAUAGAGUUGUGUAUAGUGUUAUUGUUGACCAGCUGUGCAAGGAUGGGCUACUGAUUGAGGGUUUGAGUCUAUUGUCAGAAAUGAUUGGUAAAGGCAUUUCCAUGGAUGUUGUCUCUUAUAAUUCUUUGAUUCAUGGGCUACUCAAUUCAUGUCAGUGGGAGGAAGUAUCAGGUUUUUUGAAGGAAGUGAAUCAUGGGGAAGUUGUACAUGAUUUACAAACUGUUUGUAUGUUGACUGAUAUGCUAUGUGCAGAAGGAUUGAUCACUGAACCAAAAUGUGUGAUUGAAUUUCUGAUUCAAAGAGGUGUGGAGCCUGAUGUAGUUACUUACAGUAUACUCAUGGAUGGGUACUGUAUGCGGGAACAGAUGGACGAGGCAAGAAAGGUAUUUGAUUUGAUGUUUGAGAGGGCUUGUUAUCCUGAUGCUUGGUGCUAUAACAUCUUGAUCAAAGGUUAUUGCAGGUGUAAAAGAAUUGAUGAGGCCGUGAGUCUUAUUGAAGAAAUGGAUGAUAAGAGGGUGGUUCCUGAUACUGUUACUUACAACACUCUUAUUGAUGGCAUGUGUUCCCUUGGGAGGCUUAAAGCUGCGCAAGAGGUUCUUAAUGAGAUGCAAACUCAUGGACAACUUCCAGAUAUCUUUACUUACUCUACGUUGUUGGAUUCGCUAUGCAAAAACCAAAAUUUUGAUGAGGCGAUGAAAAUUUUUGAAGAAAUGGAAACUCAUAGAAUGGAUACUGACAUUGUGAUUUACAGCAUCAUUAUUGAUGGUAUGUGCAGAGCUGGGAAACUCAAACUUGCAAGGGAAAUAUUUUCUAGUCUCCCUGAAAAAGGAUUACAACCUAAUGUUAGGACAUAUACUACAAUGAUAGAUGGACUUUGUAAUGAAGGGUUAUUGGAUGAAGCAAGUGAGUUACUUAAAAGUAUGGAUGAGACUCGAUGCUUUCCGAAUGAUUGCACUUAUAAUACAAUUAUUAGAGGAUUUCUAAGAAAAAAUGAUACAUCAAGGGCUAUAGAACUUCUUCAUGUGAUGGCUGAGAGGGGAUUUUCGGCAGAUUCUUACACUAAAAGCAUGUUAGUAGAUUUGCUGUCUGCUGAUGGGCUACACCCUUCUUCUCGUGAAAGAAUUCAGAAUUAUGUGUGAAGGUUAUUCCAGGUAUUCAACGUGAAGUGAAGAUUCCACAAUGAAAUCCAACAAAGGCAGCAAUCUUUUUGGACAAACAUUAACCUUAUUUACCUGGGCUUGGAUGUGCAACAAAAACAGAGAAGUCCCACUCUUCUCUUUGGUAGAUUGUUCAGGAAAGAACAUAAUGGUGAGAAAUUAAUAUGGUCUUAUUAUGUGGGCAGUAAGAGGAUAUAAUGGCAUGCUAUUUCUGUGGAAGAGCAUUUGACAGACAAAAGUUUCAAGGAAUGCUGCCUUAGGAAGCAGCUUAAGCAAAAGGAGUCCUCAAAGCUUUAUUCAGCAGUCCUUGAAGAAAGAAGAGCCAAAGUUCCUUCAAGACACCCAUAUUCACUAGUUCAAAUUAGUCUCACUUUUUUGGCACAUCAAAGAAUAUAGCAACUUCAACCAUGUCCUGCUAUGACCUGUCACACUUCAUCUUUGGUAUCAUCAACAACAGAUGAAACCUCACUCAUGACCAUGGCCUGUCCUUCACAAGAGAUAACUGGAACUUAGGAGACCCAGGGCUGAUUUUGGUUCCUCUCAUGAUUAUGACUCGGGAUCAUGGUUCAUUAUUUAAGGCAUUGGGUUUACAGCUGCUUAUCCCUUUUUCAUGGUUUUGUACCAUUUUUUCCAAGAUGUUCAUAUUAUAUAGCUCAUUGUAGUGUGUAUGAGAAAUGUUUUGCACUAUACUAUACUUGUAACCAGAAAUGAUCUGCUUUAUGCUUGUAACCAUGUUCAAGAAGAUUUAAAUUCAUUGCCAAUUUAUUUUCAAGCCAAAUUAAGAACAAGUUAUACAAAAGUUAAUACCAAGCAGCAAAUGAUCUUAGUUGAUUU